AAAUGCGGCCUGGAAUGUGAGGAAUUUGAUUGGCUGCGUGGCUGACGUCAUCAGAGGCGUGGCCCUCGCGGGGUUCAUCAGCUAGCUAGCAGUUUGUCCUGCGGGGAAUCUGGAGCGUCUGCGCGUCUCGUCUAAACCCCAAACAUAAAGAUGUCUGACUUCACGGACGACCAGAUCCUGGACUUUAAGGAGGCGUUCCUGUUGUUUGACCGGACGGGCGAGGGGAAAAUCACCUACAGCCAGUGUGGUGAUGUGAUGCGGGCCCUGGGUCAGAACCCGGUCAAUGCAGAAGUCCUGAAAGUCCUCGGGAACCCCAAGUUAGAAGAGAUGAACCACAAAACUCUGGACUUUGAGCAGUUCCUGCCCAUGCUUCACGCAAUCGCAAAGAAUAAGGAGCAGGGCUCUUUGGAGGACAUGGUUGAGGGUUUGAGAGUUUUUGACAAGGAGGGGAACGGCACGGUGAUGGGAGCAGAGCUGCGUCACGUCCUCACCUCGCUAGGGGAGAAAAUGACAGAAGAGGAGGUGGAGACUCUUCUCGCCGGACACGAGGACGCCAACGGCUGCAUUCAUUAUGAAGAGCUGGUCCGGAUGGUGAUGAGCGGCUAAAGACGUCUUCCAAUGUCUUCCUGCAUCUUCUUCUUCUUUAGUCUUUCCCUCCAUGUGACCAUAUAUGGUCAAAUCACCAAAGUAGAUGAAAAACAACGUUGUAAAAUUAAAGAAAAGAACAUUUAUAGUUUUCAAAUGGUAAAUUUUAAGAAAAAAAUAAAAAUUUAAAUAAAAUGCAUUUUAAACCUGAAAUAAAUAUUCAAAAUGUGAAAAUAAAUGAAAACUUGAAUAUUUUCACUUUCAGAAUCAGCUUUAUUUUACAUGGGGGCGGGGCUUUGAGCUACUGGGACAUGAUUGACAUCAGACGACAGAGGUCAUGGUGAGGUCAUUUCUGCUCCGGUCGGCGUCUGCUUCCUCUCUCCUCUGAUGAGAGGAGGGAGGACACGGGCGGCGCCAACCGCAGACGCCAUUUAUGAAAUGACCUCUCCAUAACCUCCGUCCGCUAAAGCCCCACCCCCUCCAAAAAUUAGGAUCAACUGGAAAUAAAAAUCCAGAAUUAGAAUUGUAAACUGAAGACUGAAAGUGAAGAUGGAGAGAAAACAAAAAAAAAACAGUUAAAAAUAAACAACAGCUGGUACAAAGAUACUCUUUUUCUUUGGUAAUAGAUUUAUGUUUACAAUAUAUUUUUAUUUUGAAAUUUUUUUUCAAUAUUUCCUUGUAAGUUUACAACUUAUUGUUCCAAGGUAAAAACUGUCUUCACUUUUUUUGGGUCAAAUUUCCAACCUGGUUUUCAUUCUCUUUACAAUAAAUUUGGAUUUGCGCCAAACAUGAUCUGUGAAUGUAGAUCUGUUAUUAUCUAUUAUUAUCCGUUUUUGUAUAAAGUGCCUUUUAUAUCAUGUGUAACGUAACAGUUUCAUCUCAAAUCUUGUUCUGACACGUCCAGCGAAAUUCUUCCACCUUUUUUAGUUUGUUUUUUCUUCGGGUGCUGAACGAAGCGUGUAACUUGUGAAAUAAAAUUGAUUUAGUUUUCUC